CCUAAACUAUUUAAAAUUAUGAUUUAUAGUUUCAUGUAAUUUUCUUUAUUUAUAUAAUUUAUUUAACUUCUAUGGACAAUAAUAAUUUGUUAAUGAAUGAAUUUUUCAAAUAAAUUAUAUUUGGGCCUCCUUCGCAGGAGACCCCUUCAUUCAUGUAAUAAAAAUAAUGUAAGGACUAUAGGAAAUGAAAAUGUUUUGAAAAAUCUAGGUAAAUAUUUAAAGAUAAAUAGAGUUAAGGCAGAAUAUAUGUGUUUGAAACAUCCUGUAAUAGAAAAAUUAGAUGAAAAGAGCAUAUUAAAUAUGGUCGAAACUGUACAUGAACUGGGUUUUCCAAAAAUAAUACUAGCUAAAGAACCUUCAUUGUUGAGUUUACUUCCAGUUACAUUGAAAUUUCGUUAUAGAGUUCUAAAAGAAUGUGGCUUUAUUGAUAUACAACCGGUACAUUUGUUAACAUACUUACCUAUUGUAAAACAAAAAAGUAUUGGGGAAUUAAGAAAAUUGGGGUUAAUUUCUCCACACAUGAAUGUAGAAAAUAAAUUAGCAAGUCACAUGACUCAAUGGCCUACAUCACUUACAAAUUUAAUUUAUGAAGAUGUAAAUAAGAAUUCAUUAUACACUUUACGCCUUAAAAUAAUUCAAAGAUAUCUUGAACUUCUCUUGGAUCUUAGCACAGAAGAGUUCCAUAGAGGCAUAAAAACAUAUCCAACAGUUAAACAUCGUCCAUUGAAGGCAAUCAAUGAAACAUUAAAUAUUUUACAGUCUCAAGUUAUGAUGCCAAAUUAUAAGUUAAAAACAAACUUUUAUUUAAUUCAUGUUGAUCCAGAUAAUUUAAAAAAUAUAAUACAUAAUUUUAAAACAAUUGGUGGCAUAGAUAUUAAGGAAAUAAUAAGACUUCAUCCAAAACUGGCUACAAAAAAUUAUACUACCCUGGUUGAAAUUCGAAAUGUCUUACAAGAAUAUGGUAUAAGCAAUGAGGCACAGAGAAGAUGUUUUGACAUAUAUACUCUUAGUCCAAACACAAUAAAGGAAAGAAUAGAAACUGCAAUGAAGAUACCAGAAUUCUCUACAUUCUUCAAUCAUCCAAGAUUCCUAAAAAUGAUUCAUUACAAAAAAACAGCAAUGAAGAGGUUGAACAAUUUAUACAGUAACAAUAAGAAGUGUCUCAGUUUAAAUAUCCUAUCAGGGAGCUCAGCUCACUUUAAAACAUUUGAGAGAGCACCUGGUGAUCGUUUGGGAAAAGGCAAGGACUUGGUGUUCUGUAUAUCACAGUUUCUAGAAAAUGACUACAGUGCAAAUGACAUACGUAGAAUGAUAAGAAGACAUCCUUUCUGGAUCAAUAUUCCCUUAGUGCAAGUGAAAUAUGUUUAUGAACAAUUGUGUAAAGAGUUCUCUAAAUCAGAUAUAUAUGAAAAUUCUUUUAUUCUUCUUUAUCCUUGGAACAAAAUAAAAGAAACACUGGAUGUUUUUAAUAGUCCAACAAAGCAAAGACAAUUUCAAGUUAUCUAUGAACAGUUAGACAUAAAGAAAUUGAACAGUUCAAAAAAAUUAAGCAUCAUUUUAUAUUUGCUUGAAAAAAAUCAUUACUUCUCUGGAAAUGGAGUUUGGGUUGAUGAAAAAUGUAAGAACCAAGUGGAUUUGCCAUAUUUUCAAGAAUCUGAAAUAGUGGUUAAAUCCGCAAGAACCUAGAUUUUGUUUUUAAUAAAGAUUUAUUACUA